GUGGGUUCCAACACUCAAGCAGUGCUCAAUAGUGUGUCCUGGUGUGUCUGAAGGGAGUCUCCGUAGACCUCACUUUUAUCCCUUCUCACGGGGUUUCAGUUGUACAUCAAUUUUGAAUGGCUGUGUCCAUCAAACCAGCCCACUCCGGCUGUCCACUGAGGAAUUUUAAUGAACAGAAUGGUACAAGGUGAACAACCCUCUCAGAAGCCAUAAGUCUUUCAGAAGUCAGAAUAUGGUGGAUCAACAAGUCUCACUCCCCUGCUUUAUCUCUCUCUCUUAUCUGUAGCAGAUGUUCCAAUUCCAGCAUGUUUUCUCUUACAUUCUCUCUCUCAUUAGCAGCAUAGCAACAGUAACGGUUUGUGAUUCUCCAAAAGGCGGGGGGGGGGGAGAUGGGCAACUCUGCACCCUUCUGCCCAUCAGAGCUGUUCAUCCUUCGUAACACUGGCAAGUCCACAUCUGACAUGUGGAGGGUGUUUAAAGUCCAUCUGCACGGAGUAUAGGGUAUUUUGAAGUACGGGAGGAGACAGUGUUGGGUCUCUAUGUUCGGUGCUCAGUGACGCUCUCUUGCCCUCCGCUGUUGGAGUGCGUGGUUAUUUGAGUUCUUGCCGCUUUCCUGUCGGAUUCAAUCAGUCUGCCCAAUCUCACUGAGCUCUCUCAUUAACGGGGCCUUUAGAACCGCUGUUCACUGGAUUUUCCUUUGGUUUGAUUCCGGACCAUUCUCAGUAAACUGAGAGAUUUACACUUGAGAAUCCAAGCUGCUGAUCAGUUUCCGUAACACUCAGACCACCCGGUCUGGCACCAGCGAUCAUUCCCCGGUCAACGUCACUUACAUCACAUUUAUUUCCUCUUCAGAUGUUUGGCCUGAAUAACAACUGAACCCGUUGACCAUAUCUGCAUGUGUUUGUGCUUUGAGUUGCAAGCAGAUGAUUAACAGAUUCGUAUUAAUGAGUUGGUAUAGAGUUGUACCUAACAAAGAGGCCAUUUAAUACAUUUCCCAUUUAGACAAACCCUCACCCAUCUCGAAUAUGAACACGGAUGAGAUCUGAGCCUGAUUGUUGAUGAUCUGCAUGUUUGUAACAACAGGUUGUCGCUGGCAAGGCAGUGGACAAAACACUGUUAUAAGGUGAGGAAUAUCUGGAGAGAGAGACCCGUCACUGUUCCCUCUAAACUGCUCGUCUGCGUAACCACAAUGCUCCCACGAACGGAGCCUUUGUUGCAGCGCAGAUGGAAUUAAACACUGUCGUAUAAACGUUUAUGAAACCUGAAAGUUUUUCUUUGUUGUACUGCAUUUUUAUCCUAUCCUUUAAUUAGUAAUUAAAAUCAAUAGCAUGUUUUUUUUCUCUUGUCUGUCUUAAUCCUAAAAUAUUCAUGGAUGCAUUUUACAAAAGAGGACGCAUCUAUGGUGUUGUGCUUUUCUCAGUCCGUGUGAAAAGUUCCGUCUCAGAGCAAUGGCUGAUCCACGCAGCUGCAAAAAUAGUCAUUAGAUGGAACAUUGGAGACCGACCCACAUUACAUUCUAUGCAUAUUAAUCACGAUUGAAUAUGGUACAUUAUCGUGCUUCCUGUUAUAGAGGAGAUGUUAAAAGUCAAUAGAGUGGACAAAACAGUUUCACCGGGAGCCUCUCUGGUAUCCAGGAAAUAGUAAUGAAUAACGCAAGAAAAAUUAAUAAUCAUUUCGCCUUGUCCGUAGGAGCCUACUUUAAGGCAGUGAUGCUCAGGUGCUUAACAAUAUAGAACUAAUACUGAACAGCGAAUAACUAGACGGUCCAUUUGCUAUAAAUUCAAGAGCUUUUCGUUUUCGUUUCUCUAAAGAUCACUAUUAAUGCCCCGAUAAUCACUUUUACUAUUUUUUCAGAACACUGUGUGUUGUACCUCCCCCAUUAUAGGUAUGAGCAAGGAUGCGAUCUGGGCCAAAUUGCGCAAUUAAGCGUUCAGCAUAUCACGCAUCAUCCUGGAUAAUCCCAGUUCUGAUACUUGGUCUUCCACAGUGUCUUGUUCCACAGAUGCAAUCUGCUGCACCGAGUUUCCAGCACUAUAAGGGGACGCAGGAAUAUGGCAUUGGGGCAAAAAAAAUCAACCAUGUUUGAAUGAUGGAGGAGACUCGAUGGAAUGAAUCACUUCAUUCUGCUCGGAUAUCUCAUCAUGACUGAAUGAUGAGUCCUUCGUAUCCCGUAUCCGGAUUUGUGACGUGUGAGGGAAAAUUAAUGAUUUGUUCCAUGAGAUCCUUUUAUUUGUCUUCAGCGUUUAAAUUUCAGUGAGAUUCGCUUUUGAAAAAAUUGAGCAGAAAUAUUUUUUCUCCUUUGUAUUGUUAAUGAGCUUCAUUAUCUCUCUGGUUAAAGUUAGACCUGCGGUGAGAGAUUUAUUGGAAGAAAAGCCGACAGCUGGAAAGCCACGAAUGAGAACGAGUGAACAGCGACCAGUGAACCAGCCCGAGGACUGAGAGUACCAACUGAAGAGAACCCUCUGACUCAGAGUUUCCAUUGAUUUAGUCAGGAGAAAGUUUGGUGAGUCUCAUUCACUCGAACACUGGUCCUGUAAACAUUACAGACCUUUACAAAGGAAGGUACGAAAUAGGUGGAAUGCCUCGGUCAGACCAAGUUGCAAUCACUCCAGGUCUGGUAAUGUGCUUUCAGAAGCCCAGCUCUUUACAGUCACUCACAUUCUCUGAGUGUUUGCUCAUUUGAAGGUGCUGCAUCUUCUGAAGAAGCUUUUGGUUAGUUCUGAUGUUUCCUUGUUACGUUAUAAUCAUCUUAAAAUGCGUUGACAAUUUCCUCCCUUUAUAAGAAGCCCCAAGUGUGUCGUGUUGCAGUGAUUGUAGAAAUGUGGAAUUACCAUGAACUGCAGCAACAUGCCCUUGAUCCCAUUGGCUAUUGCAAUCUGCAGUGAUAUACUUACCCUCGAAUAUAUCGUCGUGUAGGCUUCUGCAGAGAACAGACCAUUUAUAAAGGAAAAUAUCCCAACACUGCAUUUUAUUCAGUCCAAACUAGCACAUGGCAACCCAAAAUUUAGCUUGACAGACCUUGGCCUCAUCAAGUACUUUUCUGCUAAUUACAUUGUCAAAACCUGUGAAGGUGACAUUAAGCAGAGGUGGAAAUUCAAAGUUAUGCUCCCAUGGAUGUUGUGCAAGGGCCUUCAGCAAAGCAUUUGACAAGGUGUCACAUGGCAGCUUGGUCUCGAUGAUCAGGUUCCACGCUGUCCGGAGAGAGCAAAUUGGAUGUAUUCAAAAUUAGCUUCAAGGUAGCAAGCAAAGAGUGGUGGUUGAAGAUUUCUCCUCGCAAUGGAGGCGUGUAAUUAGCAGUAUUUUAUAGCAAUGAUUUGGAUGCGGUUGCACAAGGAUUACUUGACUGGUAAGUUCGCAGAAUGCACAACCUUAGUAUUUGUUGUUCACAGAGAAGAUUAUCGUAGCAUCUAGGGGAUCUAAAUGGACAGGGUCUGGUAAAGAGAUUGCAAACCCAAUCUGAUCAGCAGCGGAUUCAUGCAGAUGUUGGGGAUCAUGUGGACGAAACAGCCAGAGGAAGUGGAUGAGGCAGGUGCAGUUCCAUAAAUCAAAAAGCAGUUGGGGUGUGUAGAUGGAGUGAAGAGGCCAGAAGGGAGAUGGCCCUAUCACAGGAAAUCCUGACCAUCUCAGAGGGCACUGUGGUUGGCAUUGUGUCGUUGGGCUGAACGCUCUGAAUUUGCAUUUUCUUGCUCUGUGACUCUGUCAGUAGAUGCGCCAGGUACCAGUGGACAGAUAUGGUGUGGAAGUGGUUACUAACAGGGAAUGUUUGGUCCCCAUGCCAAAUGCUACAAGGGAUGGAAAUACUGUCAUAUUUGCAAAGCAGUCGUACUCUCCGACUCACUGUCUGCUUGUUGUGAAAUUUAGAGCCUCACCAGCAGGUGGAGCCGUCCUGCAGAGCGACCAAAGUGUAAACAAGACGACGACAAUCAACAAUCGUCAGUCAGAAUCAGAAUGGACAAAGUUUGGAACGUAUGGAAGAGGAUGUUACCAGGCGGAUCAUCGAGGGAAGAUGAUCGGGACAAGGGAAGCAAGGUACCAGUGCAGGGUCAGAUUGAGAGCGGUGUCCCAAUGGAAUCCGGUCCGGCCGCAGAGAAGGAGGAGAAAAUUCAGCCCAGAGACAGUGACGUCAGGGACACUGAUCCGGACCCUGGAACCGGCACAAGUGAGGCGACUAUCUGUCAGCCCAGAGACAGUGACGUCAGAGACACCGAUCAGGACCCUGGAACCGGCACAAGUGAGGCGACUGCCUGUCAGCUCGGAAGCUCAUUGAACAGAGGACUGCCAAGUCCCAAAGAAGGAUCGGAGCCAGAGUUUACAAUCUCUGAACUCCUGGCAGAAGGGGAGGAAUAUCGACUGUACCAACUGACAAAGUUCUACAGGGACAGACUCAAACAAGCAAUUGAAGAAAAGGUUGAGAGACUGGGUUGGAUGUUGACAAAGGAGGGACAUUUCAGUAGAGAAGAAAAUGAGAACGUCACUGAGCUGUCAGAGAAGGGAAACCGGGCAGAGAGUUCCAGACUCUUCCUCAGUCUGGUGAAUGGCAAAGGCUCCCGGGCCCGGAGGGCGAUGUGGGAAUCCUUUCUGAUGUGGAGGACUGAGUUACCGAAGUUGGACAGAAUACUGAGGGAAAUACAGGAACUCGGUCCUGAUCCACAAGAAUACAUGAACAUCGGCCAAGGUUUAUCUGAAUUACCCACACAGCUGAUAGAUGUUCAACAGAAACACAAGGAGACUCUGCGGACACGAACUGAAACACUGAGAGUGAACACGAUCCUGAUGACAGAGAAGGUGAAGGUUUUCCAGCUGGCUGAUCGUUACGCUGAGCUCACGGUCAUUUCUACUGUUCGAGAUCGGACACUGGUGGAACAUGAGCUGCUGGCAAGAGGCAGACACCAUGAGGAUUAUAGAGAGAAACAACUCCGCAGACAGCUGGAAAAAAUCCGGACUGAUCAGUUAUUCCAGAGCAGCUUUUCCCGGAGUAAAUCCAAGUCUGGGAGUUCAGCAGCAGUGGCCGGAGUCCCGGGGAUCGGGAAAACAACGAUGGUACAAAAGAUUGUUUAUGACUGGGCCAUGGGGAAAAUAUACCAACAGUUCCAGUUUGUCUUCAGUUUCAAAUUCCGAGAUUUAAACAGUAUUGACUGUCGAAUAAACCUGAAGGAACUGAUUCUGGAUCAGUAUCCUUACUUUGGGAAUAUCCUGAGAGAAGUCUUGAAGAACCCAGAGGGAUUGCUGUUUAUAUUCGAUGGUUUAGAUGAAUUCAAACACAAAAUCGAUUUUGCGGACAGUCGGAGAGAUACAGAACCAAAGCACCAGUGCCCAGAUCCCGAGUGGUGGUGUGAAGUGUCGGACAUUGUGUACAGUUUAAUCCAGGGCAAGCUGCUCCCAGGGUGUUCAGUGCUGGUGACCACUCGCCCCACUGCGUUACAUUUAUUGGAAAAGGCGAAUAUCAGUGUCCGGGCUGAAAUCCUGGGAUUUGUUGGUGAGGAACGGAAGGAAUAUUUCAUCAGACAUUUUGAAGAUCAGACGGUGGCCGAAGCUGUUUUCAAUUAUGUGAAGGAGAACGAGAUCCUGUACACCAUGAGCUACAACCCCUCCUACUGCUGGAUCCUCGCUCUGGCACUAGGCCCCUUCUUCACACAAAGAGUCAGGGACCCACAGCGAGUUCCCAAGACCAUCACCCAACUGUACUCCUACUAUAUUUACAACAUCCUGAAAAACCACGGCCGUGAGAUUGAGAGACCCCGUGAUGUGUUACUCAGGGUUGGUCAGAUGGCCUUCAGAGGAGUGUCCGGGAAGAAGAUUGUGUUUACAGAUGGAGAUUUGAUCAAGUACAAUCUUCAGCCUUCCCAGUUCCUGUCCGGGUUCCUGAUGGAGCUUUUGGAGAGAGAGGAUUCUGCCCAGAGCGUGGUGUACACAUUCCCACACCUCACCAUCCAAGAGUUUGUAGCUGCAGUCGCACAAUUCCUGAAUCCACAUCCCGGGGAUAUCCUGAAAUUCCUCACUGAAGCCCACAACACGACAGAUGGGCGAUUUGAGAUAUUUCUCCGUUUUGUUGCUGGUCUCUCCUCUCCAAUGACAGCUCGGGGCCUGGUGGAGUUUCUGGGUCCAUUUCCUCAUGAAACAACCUGCCGGGUGAUUGACUGGGUGAAGGAGGAGGUUAAACGUCAGAUUGGAAACACAGGGAUAACAGCUGGUAAAAGGAGCCUCCUGAACACAUUGCACUACCUGUUUGAGUCUCAGAAUCGUGGACUGGCUCAGGAAACACUGGGAUCUGUGGAAACACUUUCAUUCAGUGGAAUGACAUUGACCCCGAUUGACUGUGCGGUCCUGUCUCAUGCCAUCGGACUCUGUGAUACAAUAAAACACCUCGACCUGGGGAACUGCCGCAUUGAGUGCGAGGGAAUCCAGCGGCUGGGACCCGGGCUGCACAAGUGCCAGGAGUUGAGCCUGAGUUAUAAUGAACUGGGGGAUUCAGGAGUGAAACUGGUGUCCGCGGCUCUGAGGAACCCGGAGUGUAAAAUACAGAGACUGUGGCUGAGGGAUGUCGGUCUCACAGAUUCUGGUGCCGAGGAUCUCGUCUCCGCUCUCAGUACAAACCCAUCACUGACGGAUCUGGAUCUGAGUGGUAAUAAACUGGGGGAUUCAGGAGUGAAACUGGUGUCUGCGACUCUGAGGAACCCGGAGUGUAAAAUACAGAGACUGUGGCUGGGGGAUGUCGGUCUCACAGAUUCUGGUGCCGAGGAUCUCGUCUCCGCUCUCAGUACAAACCCAUCACUGACGGAUCUGGACCUGAGAUCAAACUCUCUGACAGACCGAUCUGUCCCCGCUCUCCGCCGCCUCAUACUGACCCUCCCGAGUCUGGAGUGGAUCCGGCUGUGGGGGAAUCGGUUCAGUGGGACCGGGAUGAAGGAACUGAGAUCUCUACAGGGAGUCAGACCCGGACUGAGAGUGGAUCUGUGAACAUCUGAAUGUGGGGAAUCGGUUCAGUGAGACCGGGAGGAAGGAACUGAGAUCUCUACAGGAACCCAGACCCGGACUGAUGGUGGAUCUGUGAACAUCUGAAUGUGGGGAAUCGGUUCAGUGAGACCGGGAUGAAGGAACUGAGAUCUCUACAGGAACCCAGACCCGGACUGAGAGUGGAUCUGUGAACAUCUGAAUGUGGGGAAUCGGUUCAGUGAGACCGGGAUGAAGGAACUGAGAUCUCUACAGGAACCCAGACCCGGACUGAUGGUGGAUCUGAAUGUGUGAACAUCCCCGCCCGCGGGAUGGGGACAUUUGGCCGACUCCCCGCCCUCCCCUUUAACUCCCGCCCUUACCUUUAA